CUCUUCCAUCAGAGAAUUUAAAUGAUUAUCAAAAUAAAAUAACCUAGCAUAUAGGAAUUAUUAUCACAGAUUACUAGUCAAUGUUAUUAUAUUCAGUGGAAAAUUUGAAUGCAUUUCAUAAGAGAUCUUAAAUUUUCAUCGAUUACUUAGAUAAUGGCCGAUCAUGGAGCUUGUUUACAAACAUACAAUCAAGAACUAGUGAAAUGUUUGGAAGAAUUGAAGUCAAAAAGGAUAAAUAUUUUAGAAAUAAUAAGAAAAGAAGAAUCUGAGGAAGCAAUAUUAGAGCGUAAUAUAUCUGCCCUACAGGAAAAAUUAAAUAAUGUUCAAUGUAAACUGAAAUACCAUAAACAACUAUAUGAUGAUUACACCAAAACAAUACAAGAAACAGAAGCAGGAUUCAAAAAGAUUUUGGAAAGUAGUCAAACACUUUUAAAUCUUGUGCAACAUCAAUCUAAUAAACUCAAGAACAAUACAUCAGCAUAAGGAACUCUGUCGAAUUGAUUUGAUUGGGAUUACUAUAAUGAUGAUUAAGUGUAUCUGAAUUAUUUAUUUUGAAUUAAAUAUAAAUUACAUCACUUACAUUUAACUGAAAGAUUUUUUUUAAAUUGAAACACAAACUGUAUUAAAAUUUACAGAAGUCUCAUAAUCACUCUUUUUCCUCUUUUUGUCUAUAUGCUAAUGACUUUAGUUUAUUUUUGAUUAAAUUGAUGAAAUUUU